UGAGCGAGGUAGGAAAAUUCAAAAUGAAGUCCAAAUCGCUCCGAAAUGGUAUCAAACAUCAAACAUGGCGUUUCCAAACGUAAACAAGUGCCAUAAAUUGUUGUUGUAGAUGAAUUAUUAUUGUUUGGCUCGUUAUAACUGGCAUCAGGGGAAAUAAACUAGACUGUUGUGGGCUCUCGUGAUGAGAAGAGGUUUCUGAGGGACUAGAAUUAUCCGAAGUGACUGGAGUUGACGGUUUGCAGCGGAUCUAACCUAGAGAUAAUCGCGAUGAGUUCCAAGAGAAUUAUGAAGGACGAGGAGAAGCCCAAGGGGUUCAAGAAGGGAUUUCAGCCGGAGAAAAUCAUUGGGGCUACGGACUCCAGUGGAGAACUCAUGUUCCUUAUGAAAUGGCAAGGUUCAGAGGAGACUGACUUAGUAUCAGCGAAGGAAGCCAACGUGAUGUGUCCCCAGGUAGUCAUCAGAUACUACGAGGAUCGGUUGACUUGGCACACGACAAAGGCCAAGCCCCAGUAAUGAAAACUAAUACCUACCCAUAGCAAUUGUUCUAAGCGAAUUCCUAGACUUAUUCCCCUUCGAAUUUACUUUUUCAAUUUUACGUUUAUUAUUCAUUAUUCACCAUCGUUUCUGUGACAGUUCGAAGCAUCACACUAGUCACUUUUCCCUCGAAUCUCAUGCGUUUGUGAAUAUUAAUGUGUAUUGUAGGUUUUUAAGACAAGCAAACGACUCAUUACAUUCGUUCGAGGAAAUCCAGAAGAGACGUUCAUUCAGAAGCCAUUUUAAAAGAAUUAGAAGUGAUGUUUUUUAUUUUUGUCGAAGUUUCCCCCUAAAUUCAUCAACAUUUUAGUUCCGUUCUGUUGUAAAAUCCAAUUUAUCACCAUCAAUUGACUAAUUAAGGUCCUAAAUAACAACUAGUUUAAGUAUUUUACGUAAAAUCAGGUGAAUGUAUUUUGAAUUUUUUUAAACACAUGCUUAACGAUUAUUCAAUCUUCAAUUCAGUUCCAAAAAUUUACAGAUAAUAAAUAGCUAAUUACUCCGGAAUACAUGUCCUUGAAUUCCAUAACAAUUCCAACGUUAUUUACAAUUUAUACACUUUUAAGUUGUCACCAAGUUCUUACAAUAGAAAAAUAAUAAAAUUUAUCAUAUCACAAUUUCAA